AUGGGCCCCCUAACAGCCUAGAAGAAGGGCGCGAAGCGCCUUGAAUUUUAUAAUUGGGCCGGAUAUGUUUUAUAAAUAGGCCUGGCAUGUAUUAUUAAUAGGCUGGAUAUGAUCGAUAAUAGACCAGAUAUGUCCCAUCUGCAGGCCGGAAAUGGUUUAUAAAAAGGGCUGAUAUGUUCUUCUAACAAUCCGGCUAUAGAAAAUAAGAAUACUUUCUCAUAGUGAUCAUAGUCGAACUAAGAAGAGGUGUUUAAGGGUUUGUUUACAUUUUGAUGUUACAUAUUAGGACGGAACUGGAACUUGUUGUAAACAUUAUCCAAAUUCCUUUCCCCCUGAUCGUCCCUAUAUCUCCUCAGAAAUUGUACAUAGUGAAUAAUAAACCAAUUAGUCUUGUAUAUUAUGUACAUAUUCUUAUGGAAAACGUACUUAUUGUCCACCAACUAUAUUAAAAUAUUUCAGAAAAAUGGGACCUGAACUUAACAAUGUGAUUCUAUUGGCUGACAGUUAUAAGAUCAGUCAUCAUCUUCAGUACCCCCCUGGCACUACUAGAGUUUACUCCUACUUCGAGUCCAGGGGUGGAAAAUAUGAUAAAACAGUAUUCUUCGGGCUGCAGUACAUCUUGAAGAAGUGGUUGGUGGGUCAGGUACUCAACCAGCAGAUGAUUGAUGAAGCAGAGAUUAUUCUGAACAGACACUUCAAGGGUGCAAAACUUUUUAACAGAGAAGGUUGGGAGUAUAUCCUGCAUGAGCACAAGGGAAGACUGCCCCUAAGGAUCCGAGCUGCCCCUGAAGGUUCAGUUCUUCCAACUAAAAAUGUUCUCUUCAGCGUAGAAAAUACAGAUCCAAAGGUUCCGUGGUUAACGAACUAUGUCGAAACAGUUCUAGUGCAGACCUGGUAUCCUACAACAGUAGCUACUGGGUCUUACUUCCAGAAACUCAAGAUUGCCGAGUAUUUGUCUGAAACUGCCGAAUCUAUGGAUAAACUACCCAUCAUGCUUCAUGAUUUUGGAUACAGGGGCAGUAGUAGUGUAGAAUCCGCGGGAAUCGGUGGUUUGGCGCAUUUGGUGAAUUUUGAAGGUUCGGACACGCUUGCUGCUCUAUUCACCGCUGAGAAAUAUUACGGCGAGAACAAUGCCGCGUUUUCUGUUCCCGCCACAGAGCACAGCACAAUGACCAGCUGGGGGAGAGACGGUGAAAGCGCAGCGGUCAGAUAUAUCAUGGAUAAAGUACCUACCGGCCCUAUCUCUAUUGUAUCCGACUCCUAUGAUAUUUUCAACAUGGUGGAACAUAUUAUGGGGGAAGAACUAAAGGAAAAGAUCGAGUCACGUGAUGGAGUUCUGAUAGUCCGUCCUGAUAGUGGGGAACCAUCUGAGAUGGUGCUGAAAACUCUAAACCUCAUAGGAGAAAAGUUUGGAUACACUGUCAACAGUUUAGGAUACAGGGUUUUACCGCCUUAUAUAUCCGUUGUUCAAGGAGACGGGAUCUGUUACGAGUCCUUGGAGAAGAUCCUUAAAGUUAUGAAGGAGAACAGGUGGUCAGCUGAAAAUCUAUGUUUUGGGUCCGGGGGAGCACUUCUACAGAAGAUGGAUCGAGAUACGCAGAAGUGUGCGUACAAAUGUAGCUACGUGGAAGUCGACGGGAAGGGAAUUGAUGUUUUCAAAGAUCCUGUCACAGAUCAUAAGAAAAAGAGUAAGAAAGGACGUCUGGUCCUUAUCAAGCAGGACGGAGAGUUUCAGACGGUCCGUGAAGAGGAGACAACCCAGGAGGACGAGAUGUUCCUCGUCUUUGAGAACGGGGAGCUCGUCAAGGAUUGGAGUCUGAGUGAAGUUCGUGCUCGAGCCUGGAGCAGGAAAUCUAAAGAUUGAAAACUUCAACAAUUUAUUUUUAAAUGACAUGUUGCAUGCAUAAAGAGAUCCGUAAUAAUAAAUGCAUAUAUUAAACACCCAGGGGCGUAUACAGAUACUGGGGAGGGGGAUAAAAAGGUCAAGCCUGCCCCCCUCUGAAUAAAAAUUUUUAAUAUGCCCCUGUAAACACUCGCACCAAUGAAAACUACUGUGAUUUAUUAUACCUGUACUGUUUUAUAAAUACGAAAAAUUGUAAUUUUUCGAUAAAUGCUUAAAAAAUUUGUUAAUAAUUCAGUAUUUUUGUUCAUACUCACUGCACCCAAUAUACUCAAAAUAUCACUCGCACUCUGGCGAAAUAAACUACUUAAAGGGACUGUGUGCGUAUCAAUGUUUAUAACUUUUAAAAGCUGAUUGUUUUCAAUUGUGAUAAUUCUACCUUACGCAUUUCAUCUGUUGAAAAAUAUAUGGGAAGUAUCAGAAUAACGCAGGCUUCUAAAUAUCUCAGAUCAGGGAUUUGUUGGAGGAGUGGUGUAAAUCAGGCAAUGCAAUUUUUGCAAAGAAGCCCCUGAAAUUAAGCGUACUGCCUCUUUAAAUAUAAUACUUCUAUUUGCUCCUGUAAAUUGCGCACGCUUAAAUAUAGAAAAUCAAUUAUUGCAAUAAACAUUUUUAUAUUA